AUGGAGUUUUGCUGGAAGAUUACAAGACAGAGGUUUAUGGGCAAAUUCAGAUUCCCUCUUCAGCUUCUUAUUUGCUGCUGCUUUUUCUUCUUCUGCUAUUCUUGUCUGCGUGGAAUUUACGGUGCCAAAAACCAGGAACCUCCUUUAGGAACUAGUCGUGUGUUGCCUCAUGAAGCUGAUAUUUACUUGCAGGAGAAGACUUUACAUGAAAAUAAUAAUUGGGAGAUAGCUAAAGUGAGCAUGGGUGGGUCUAGAAGGCUAUUGGGUGGGCCGGGAUCAUCGCCACCGCGUUGCACGUCCAAAUGUGGUAGAUGUACGCCGUGCAAACCGGUUCACGUGCCAGUGCCGCCUGGAACACCGGUGACUACCGAGUACUACCCGGAGGCGUGGAGGUGCAAAUGUGGCAACAAGUUAUACUUGCCCUAA